AACAUGUUAUUAAAUAUUGACGAAUUCCGAUAAAAAUGUGCUUUUAUUUAGGAGCAACACGUCGGAAGUGACUCUAUAAUACAAGAAAAUAAGCUCUUUCCUCGAUGUCCCACCUGCCAGACGUCGAUCUGGAUGUUUAGAACUGCUUUUAAAAGAUUUCACAACAAAUGGAAAUCCUACAGACACAGGUUUGUACCUUGGGUGCUACUGAACCUGUCUAAAAAUGAGAAAACUUUGCGGCAAGUGACCGAGCGCUCGAAAGACAAACUCGUCCCGGAUGAGGAGGUUUCCAAGAGCCUGCUGCAGCUCUUCAGAGUCCUGCUCGGGAGCCGUGGGGCGGAUCAUGGGGAGCUCCUAGUUGUUCAAGCUCGCUUCCUCGGGCAAAUAACAAGUGAAGAAGACCAGUGUGGGGGUAUUGCAGUGUGUGGAGAGGAUGCCAUGUUACAGUCUCUGGGAUUCUGCCUUGAUCGGAAACCGAGUUCUUUACCCUCUGCAGGCACUGGAGUGUUUGUCACCAAAGGAUGUGUCUCCAAAGGAGCUGCAGUGGCGAUGUACCCUGGCACAGUCUAUCAAGCCUAUGAGCCAAUUCUUCUCCAGUCCAUCAAAAACCCGUUUAUAUUCAGGUGUAUUGACGGUGUCUUGAUUGAUGGAAAUGACAAAGGCAUCUCCAAAAUGGUGUUCAAGUCAUGCAGUGGCAGGGACAGAAUGGGGCCUUUUGUGAUGAGUGACACCAGCUGGCUGACAUCCAGUCCACAAAACCCACUUGCUGUUGGUCAGUAUGUGAACAACUGCUCCGACGAGACGCCUGCUAACGUGUGCUACCAGGAAUACGACGUACCGGACAAUUUCCCCACCCAGCUCUGCCAGUAUCUGCCUAAUGUCAACUACAGCCAUGACACACAGAGGCCUCUACGCUGUGUUGUCCUUGUAUCACUCAGAGACAUUACAGCAGGCGAGGAACUCUUCUCCAACUACUACACCAUUGUGCAUUAGAGUCAAAGUACACACCACUGUUCUGCUUUGGUGUCAGAACUGACGAAAAUGUACUUUUAUUAUUGUUUGUCUUCCUAAAAGAAGACAUUUUAAAUAAAUAAAUAAACUCUCUAUGUACACUAACAUUGUUCUGUAAUAAAGGUUAAACAUACCCUGUACGGAUUACUGCAAGACACAAAACUGCUCUUAUUUGACAGUGUUGCAGUGUAUAUAUGGAAUAUAUAGAAAGAUCUAAGAUUAAUUUGGCCAUGGAAACUGGUCUAUGUUCCAGACCUGUACAGUGAGGUCAGGGGCUUGUCCACGCUUUUAAACUGGGUUGACCCAAGUUUGCAACUGACUGUUUUCAGUAAAGAUAUCUCUUGAAUAUCUAUGGCAACACUAUCAGCUCUUUAUCCACAAUACACUAUAGGCAGACAGGGAGGAAAACAUAUAAUUGAACUUACUUAUAAAUGUGGCAUUUUCUCUCUCAGUUUCUUACAUUGCUCUGUUUAAACUCUGGUCUUACUUGUGAUAGGGCAGAUAGCAAAUCAUUGUAAUCAGCAGGCACCUAUGUGGCCAAUCAGAUUUCAGGGGUAGCUACUCCUUGGUCACGCCCCUACUUGGUGAAAGAGGUAUUAUACUGCUUUACUUACAGUUAAGGAACUUUUAACUCGUUACGAAACAGUCUACAUGUAAUACUGUUACCUCUAUGUGAGCUCCGUGGUAUGGGGAAGAGAUACACACCCGGCAACAGCACCUUCUCCUCCAACCAGGAGCAGAGCUUCAGCUUGCGAAGCCCAGGCCAUAUUACUGGGCCCGCUGAAGGAAAGGGAGAGAAGGGAUAAUCAGUACCAAGACUUUAAAAAGGAUUCUAGUGCUCAAUAUCAC